AUGACUGACUUCAUACGAUUCCUUGUUUCUGGAGACAAAGCCCGGUUCAAAGAUGGAGAAUUAGACGUCGACUUGGAUCUGGUAUACAUAACCGACAGAUUAAUCGUGAUGGGAUACCCAGCAGCUGGCAUCGAAGGACUCUACCGCAACAGACGGGAGGAUGCGAGAAAAUUCUUGGAACAUCGACAUGGGAAGGAUUUCUGGGUAUUCAACUUCUGCCCGGUCAAGGAAAACUCGUAUCCUUCUAGCGUAUUCAACGGCCGAGUUAGCAGAUAUCCGUUUCCAGACCACCAUGCACCACCUCUGGCAAUGCUUGCUCUGGUAGCGCGCGAGAUGCAUGCAUGGCUCGAUAGCUCCCCGGAGCGUGUUGCUGUCCUGCAUUGCAAAGCCGGCCAAGGCAGAUCGGGGACCAUGGCCUGCUCGUAUCUCCUCACUCUCACGAAUACCGCACAACUUGAAGCGCCCAAAGACAGCAACUUUAGCAAGGCACUUGCGACGACACGGGCCGAGGAAGUGAUGAACGCGAUGCCCGCGGACGAGCAUCUGAGCGAAGACUGUCCUGUAGAGAGCAUUAUGAUCGGCGAGGAUCCAAUCAAGAAAGAGCUGGUGAAAAGUUCAGCAGAGAACGCUCAAUGCGCGAAUGAGCCCGCCGCCAACCUUACUCAGGUGCUCAAGCUACAUACAUCCCGGCGCAUGAAGCCGGACUCGUCGAAGAAGCCCAAACAGGGAGUAAGCAUCCCCAGCCAGCGCCGAUGGCUGUAUUACUGGUCCCUCCUCCUCGCACGCGAAGGUCCACCAGGAUUCUGGUCCGCCCACGGGUCCCCACAAACGCGGUUGGUGCCAAAGGUUCGCCUCACCCAAAUCAAGCUGCGCAUGAGCGAGCUCUCGGGAACGAAGGCGAACCUCAUACGCGUUGCGAACGCGAUCCUCGACCGCACUACCGCCACCGCACGCGGCGUGGGGAUAUCUGGUGGGAGACCGCGCGUGUGGGCCUCCCUCGCUCGGUACGAUGACGAGUUCGUAGGGCAUAUAGAAGACUGGGAGAAAUAUACGCGGGACGAUAGUGGGAAUAUGGGCACGCGCAGGAUCGACACCGACUGCCGAGCUGCCGAGACGUUCGCCGACGCAUUGAAGGAGAGGAAGUGGGACAACGCAAAGAUGAUCAAGAGCUUCGCGCGCCUCGGCACCGUCGGAAACGGCGUUGUCCAAAAUGGGGAGGCUCAGACGGACGGGAAGACCGUGACGCAGCUGUUGGAGCCUCUGACAAAUGACAGUUGGGGCGUGUUGCGUGAUGAGAUCGAGGAGAGUCCUGGGAGCGCGCAUACCGAGGGGAGUAAAUUGGAGUCUGAGGAAACCUCGCUGUAUGAUGUCCCCUCAUCGCCCCGAAGUGGUGGCGGCAUCGUGCUGGACGCCCAGCGAGAAGUACGCGUUAAGCUGUUUAUGGGUCAGGUAUUCAUGGCGUGGUUCUGGUUCAUACCUGCUUUCCACAUGCCUCAGCCGCAGUCUGGCGGACAGGAUGCGCGGAUGCUGUUGAGUAAGAAAGAAAUUGACUUCCCUCUCGGCAUUGGUUCAAGUAUAGUUGACGUGGAAGUCGCUAUGGAGUGGUAUCCAGAGAUUGCAGAAGCAGUCACUCCCUCACUACUUCAGGGCAACGUUCGUUCGGUACAUGGGAGAAGCGAGCCGUCAGGUAUCACGGGAACAAGUACUGCGAGCACUCGCGGCGGGAGACAUUGA